AUGGCUCCUCUUGCCGGCACGCCCAUUCACGUCAAAAGCACUGUUCGGUUCGCGCAGAAUACUGAAAGCAUAGAUUCCGGUCGACCGGCACGCAGUCAGAGCAUCAAAAAAUGUCACAAGAUCCUCACGCCCGCGGUUGUCAUCCCAUACAGCCCGUUGACUCAUUUAGACGCCAGAGGAAGACAUACGAGCCAGAGCAGCUUGCAAAUCAAUUGUGACUCAGAAAAUCAACACUUUGUUCGAACACGCUCUCAAGCUCGUAUUGACAUUGGACACCAGGCACCCGCCGCAAAACGUACUCGCCGUUCGGACAUUGGCCUUGAUUCUUAUAAACCCAACCAGAUCUGUCUAGACCGAGUCACACGAUAUGAACGACCUUUGACACGGUCAUCCUCUUGCUCAAAUUCCUGUUUAACCAAGCCAGAGGCAAGUCAAAAAGUGGGGCUAGGCCUUGCGCAGAUUGGUCCCAAUUUACCAAGCCCUCAAGUGGAUAGCUCUCAUCCUGUGUCUCCCUCCCGAUCACCAAGUGGAAGUCGGAGAGCCUGGGGUACCGGUACGAUUUUCCAGACGCAGGAACCUAAGGUACCCCCAGGGCUGGCGGUGGACCAAGAUGAUCAUUCAGUGGUAAAUGAAAUAAAUGAGUUGAUCAAGAGCCCACAAGACAUCAGCGCUCUAGCAAAGAAGUUUUCAACUGAUAAAUUAUUGACGUUGAAUAGAGUUACUGCAAUUUUACUUGAAGAAAGAUUAUCUAAGGAUAUCUUAAAGCGAAAAGAUGAGGGUCAUUUUGGACAGGAAUGCAAUAUUGGUCAAUGA